CAGUUGCGUUAUUACUGUUGUAGUGCUCACUUCUAUUCUAUGGUUUUUUCGCUCAUACAAUUAUUCAUCUUUUUCUUUUCACUUAUUAACAUAUUUUCGAACACAUAUUAAAUAACACUAAAAAAGCUUGAAGUACAUUUCUACUCUACACGUAAGAUUUUAAAAUAAUACUGAUAUUUGUUAAUCAAUUCCAGAACGUCGUCUAGUAUAUUGAAUGGAACAAUAAGAGGUGACUAUUGAGUUAUUAAUAAAAUGACUAAAUCUUCGGUAUUUAAAGUAACAAAUCUAAAAGGAUUACGUGAUAUUAAUAGAUGUCAAAUUCAUCGAAGAUUUUCGAGAAAUAAUCACUGGUCAAAGUAUAGUUAUUUAUAUGGGGCUUCGAGUGAUCCUCUUAAACCUUAUACAAUCGGAGGAGUUUUCAAUGACGCCGUACAACAGACUCCGGAUCGAGAGUGCCUGGUUAGCCAACACGAGAACAAACGACACACGUUCGCCACCAUGGAUUCCGAGGUGGAUAAGUUGUGUAGGAGCUUUAAUGCCAUUGGCCUCAAACACGGAGACCGGGUUGGAAUAUGGAUGCCUAAUUGUGUAUUAUACUAUACGGCGAUUAUCGCGACAGCUCGCCUGGGACUGAUUUUGGUAAACAUUAAUCCAGCGUAUCAGAGUGACGAACUAAAACACACUUUAAUUCUGGCUGAAGUAAAGUGUCUAUUAACCUUAGAGAAGUUUAGAACUCAAAACUAUCCUGAAAUAUUGGAGAAGAUUGAUUCAGACAUUUGGAAGCGACCGUCUAAUACGCCAAUUAAAUCUAAAACGAUACCUAUGCUAGAAUCAGUAAUUUUUGAUUCGGAAAACAGUAUAAAUGGUGCUUAUAAUUUACAAACAUUCUUGGACCUGGGUUUUAAUUCAAAUUAUAGUAUUCCUAAUGUUCAACCAGACGAAGGAUGCAUUAUUCAGUUUACUUCAGGUACCACUGGUAAGCCAAAAGCAGCGCUAUUGAACCACUUUGCUCUAAUGAACAACGCAUACUCUAUUAUGAAGCGUUUAGGAAUCAUAGAUGACAUUAGUGAAGGAAAAUUACACAAAUUCUGCUGUCCAAUGCCUUUAUUUCAUGCUUCGGGUUUAUCCAUUGGUGCUCUUGGACCUAUGGUUACCAAAUCAACCAUUUUUUUACCGUCUGGUCAUUUUGAUCCGAAAGUUACGGUCGAUGUCCUCACGAAAGAAAAAUGUACAAUUUUAUUUGGUACGCCGACGAUAUUCAUGGAUACCAUGUCCAUUUUCGAAAAACUUCCGCCAGAACAACAACAUAACCACAUUAAGAAGGCAAUGACAGGUGGUGCCACUUGUUCUCCGAAUUUGAUGAUUAAGUUUAAGAACAUGUUUCCACGCGCUAAAAUAUUGUCUUUGUUCGGGAUGACAGAAACCAGUCCCUGUACGUUUCAAAAUUUCUCAAACGAUUCAGAUGAACGGAUAAUGUCGACGAUGGGUUUCAUACAAGAUCACGUAGAGGCGAAAGUGGUCGAUACCAAUGGCAAUAUGGUACCAUUCGGGACACCCGGAGAAUUGUUGAUUCAUGGAUACUUAAAAAUGAAUGGUUACUUCAAUGACGAAGAAAAGACAAAAGAAACGAUUGAUUCGAACGGAUGGCUACACACAGGAGAUCAAUUCGUUUUAUACGAAGACGGAUAUGGAAAUCACGUUGGCAGAUUAAAAGAAAUGAUUAUUCGCGGCGGCGAAAACUUAUUUCCUAAAGAGAUAGAAUACUUUUUGGAGUCUCACCCCAUGAUUUCACAAGUCCAAGUAUACGGUGUACCCGAUGAGCGGAUGGGUGAAGAAGUGUGUGCCAGCGUCAUUCUCAAAGAAGGGGCUACGGUCACCGAGGCAGACAUAAAAGCGUACAGCAAAGGAAAGAUAGCCCAUUUUAAGAUCCCCAAAUACAUAUUCAUCGAAAAGGACGGGUUCCCGAUGACGGCAUCGGGCAAAGUGCAGAAGAACAAAUUAAGCGAAAUAGCGAUUACGCGGAUUUCGAGCCCAACCUAAUAUAGUUAUGAUAAUACGACGUAUUACAUAAGCCCCCGUCAACACAUAUCAACACAAUCUUAUGUGUUACUAUGGCGAUUGCUAAUUUUUAAAACUUUAUUAGCUGAGCUAUGUUUUAUCGUAAUAUAUUACCAUACAUAAAUACGGCACCUAUAUAAUUAUAUGUAAACAGGAAGUCGUGCCGUAAUGUUUACAAAGUUCAUUAUGUAAAUAGGCUAAAUAAUCGUAUUUUAAUUAUUUAUUUUACGUUAAUUGUGUGUAUUGUUACUUUAUUAUUUUACAAAUCGAUUUAUUUGAUUGGAUUAAUAAUUAUGUAUUGCCGCAGUAUUACGAUCUGUCGCUAUAAAUUAAUAAUUAUAAUAAUAUAGUAUUAGUAUCAAUAAUUUUAUUUAUUUUUCUAUUAAUACACAUUUGUAGUAGUUAGGUACUUACUCAAAAAUAUUUCGGUAUCUUAUUUUUAUAUUGUUGUACGGAUUGAUUAUUGCAUUGUGUUAAUAUUUUAAUGAUAAUUUAUGUAGAUAAAUUAAUAGAACUGCAAUCAAAUAUGUGUAACUCAUGCAAGAAGGAAAUUUCAGUCUAGUGCUACACACAACGACAACGACUGAAUAGCUCACUUCCCGCCCACAUCACAUAAAUACAUAAUACACUUAAUAUAGGCACUAUUUAAAACUUUGAACAAAAUAUUAAUACAAUAUUAUUAUUUU